AGAGAAAGAAUGGCACGCGAUCCCCGUGAAUCCUGGGAUUUGGUGUAAGGGCAAAGGCUAAGAAGCCGGAAGCGAAGAGAGAAAUUCCGUCCACACUACUGAAUCUGAACACCAUCCGAAGAAUGUCCCGUUUCAGUAACUGGAAGGCCUACCAGGUCAGCAGAAGCUUGAUGUCAUAUGACGACAUCAGAGCGCCCCGUGAGAGGAGGAAGGAGAAGAAGGAAGCCCUGUCUGAAGAGCAGCCCCGGCCCCUCGGUCAGAGGCUGCCGAAGAAGGAAGGGGCCCAGGUCAUGGGCAACAAGGCCAGGGAUGCGGACGACGACAAGGCUGCGGAGGACGGCGCUUCUCUCGGCAAGAGAGAGUCCCGGAAGGAAGGCAGGGGAACAGACUGGAAGCUGCCAGUCCCCCUGGGACCUGUUUAUCCACCUUUGGUCUCGAGUCUGAGCUCCGUGAAAGCUCUGGGACGAAGCUGGGAACUGACUCCUCCGACAGCGAACAGGUUCCGGAUACACAACGUGCACGCGGCCCACCUGCCCCAGCAGGGCCCCUUCCAGAACUUCAUGGACCUGAAGGCGGAGAAGAGGCUGGCCGGCCGCAAGGAGCGUCGCAGCCGCUUUGGAGACAUCAACACUCACAAGUGCUAUCAGUUUGGACAGAUUUUCUGCCCUUUCCAGGCCCUCGCCACCACGGUCUGUGACCCCAGAUUUAGGGAAAGAGCUGAAGGCAGGUGGCCACAGUUGUGUUCAGCAACACAGCCGUUUCCAGAAGAGGAAGAGGUCUGGGGGGAGGGGAAUCUUUUGUGAUAUAGGAUGAUGGUUCUGGUUCCUUCUUCCUCA